AUGUAUAAAUCAUUUUUCGUUAUGUGUAAAUAUAAUGAAAAAAUUGAUGAUUUUAAAAUUUUAUUCCAUUCAUUAAGAUUAUUAAUAUUAAAAUUCCCAAUAUUAGCUUCCACAAUAAUUACUCAAAAUGUUCCAAUUAAUAUAAAACCUCGUCCUUAUGAUUAUAUUCAAAUUAUUGAUGAAAUAAAAUUUAAUGAUUUGGUUUGGGAUUUAAGACCUGAAUAUUCAAAUUUAUUACAAGAAGAUUUAUUAAAUAAAUUAAAUGAUUUAAUUAUACCAUAUGAAGAUAAUAAAUUAGUUUGGAGAUUAGGAAUCUUGGAUGAUUAUACAUUAAUUUUUAUAACAAAUCAUGUUUUACAUGAUGGAAUAUCUGGUAAAAAUAUUUUUAAUGAAUUAUCAUUAAUUUUUAAUCAAUUGGACUUGGAUUCUUUAAGUGAUGAUGAUGAUAUCGUGUUCAAUUAUUCACAAGAUCAUUUGAAUUUAGGUGAAUUACCAAAACCUAUAACUGAUCUUAUGAAUCAUAUUCCAUCAAUUAAAUCUUUACCAAGAUAUAUUUAUAAUUCAUUAAUUGAACCAAAACUUUUUUGUUCAUCAACUUUAAUUCAAGGUCAUCUUAAGAAUAUUCAUUAUAGAGUUAAUAUAAAUCCAAUGGAAUUAUUAAAAAUUAAAUCAUUAUUAUCAAAAAAUAGUUUCAAUAAUGUUAAAUUAACUUUAACACCUUUCAUUCAAUCUAUUUGGAAUUAUACUUUAUAUCAAGAUGAAUAUUAUAAAUCAUCAAAAUCUUUAUUAGGUAUUGCAGUGGAUUCUCGUCAAUUUAUUAAUAAAGAUGAACAAGAUUUAUAUAAAUUUGGUUUAAAUGUAUCAGGUUUUAGUAAAAUUUCCAAACCAAUGAAAUUAAUUACAUGGAAUAAAAUUAAUCAAAUUAAUCAAGAUUUAAAAAUUUCAUUAAAAUUGAAAAAACCUUUAUAUUCAAUGGGUAUAUUAGGUUGGGAUAAAAUGAUUAAAAAUAAACAUUUAGAUGUUGAUUUACCAAAAAUUAUGAAUAAAAGAACAGGUUCAACUUUUUCAAAUAUUGGUAUAAUCCUAAAUAACAGUGAAUCAAAUGAUAAAUUUCAAAUUAUUGAUGCAAUGUUUACACAACAUUUUAAUGUUCAUUUUUAUGAUUUCUCAAUCACUGCAAUUUCUACAAUGACUGGUGGGUUAAAUAUUAUAAUUACAUCACCAGAAUCUAUUGGAAUUGAAAAUUUAGAAAGAAUUUGUAAAAAAUUUCAUGAAAAUUUAGUUUUAUGUGAUAUUAAAUAA